UCCUUAAUCACAAUGAGUUUAGAUGAAAAUUUUAUUAAUUUUCUGGAUCUAAAGUUAUCAGAUAAUUGCGAGAUUCAAACUGAUGGCGUAAGUGACGAUUUUUAUGACUUGAAGAAUUUAAUAUCAAACGAUAUAGAUAAAAGAAGGAUCGGAUUCAUGGCCUUUCAUGUGAGUAGGCCACCAAUUUCCAUCACAAUAACUUUUAAAUGGAAGAUAAAUCUGAAAGUGAUCAAGGUUUACUCGGUGUUGUCAUCACUGCGGUCAACGCAAUUUCAAGUUUUUGUUCAAUGUCGUAACUAUAGCGGCGAAGAAAUCUUUCGAAAAAUCGGUGAUGUAUCAUUAAAUGAUGAUCAUGAUGGGUUUUACUUAAAGACAGAAGAUGUGAAGAGUACAAAGGAUGGUAAUUUGAAAUUUGAGACGAUAUUUCCAUACGCAAGACAAUCCAUUAAAAGUAUAAACGUUAUCAAAAUUGUUAUUCAAAAUACAAAAUUGAAACGCGCUCCAGUUUUACGGAAACUCGAAAUUUGGGGUAUUCCGUCAUUUAAAAAUUCUCGCUCUGACAUUCAACUGAUAAGAUCCUUGUGGAAUCACCAGGAACCUUCUCAAUCUUCACUCACCAGGAGGGCGGUUCCUUUACAAAAUGAUGCUACAAUGAAAAUUGAGCAGAUAGAACAAUUUGACAUUCCUGGUGAAUUUCUCGACUCAAUAACGCAUGAAUUAUUGACGAUGCCAUUCGUGUUGCCAUCUGGAAACAUCAUAGAUGAAAGUACUAUAGAAAAGCACAAUAGAAAUGAAUGUUCAUAUGGUCGUUUACCUUCUGAUCCAUUUACUGGUGUGAUUUAUACUGCUAAGAGUCAACCAAUAUUUAAUGCGUCCUUGAAAGCUCGACUUGAUUUAUUCAAAAUGCAAAAUUCGUAUGAGAAAGAAGUAAAGAAUUCAGGAAGAACGAUAGGAACGAAUCGAGAGACAGCACAAGCCAACAGUAGUUGUUAUUCCAGUGGUCAUAUUGGAAAGAAGAUCAAAUUCGAUAAUAGUUCAUCUUCAGAUAUAAACUCAAUCAUUUCAUCGAUCUACAAGAAUAAACAAAUCUCAAUUUUUACGCAAACAACCAAAGAAGUUGCAGAUCAUUUUGCAUGCUUCAAAUGCACCUUAUCAUCGUCAACAAAUCUUUAUCAAAUUUCUUCAUGUGGUCACAUUUUCUGUAAGCCAUGUUUAUUGCAAUUAAAUUCGAUCUGUUGUGCUUGUCAAACAUCUUUUCAAACUAAGGAUGUUCUCAAGAAAAAUCUGUAG